UCCUCCCUGGGCACUGUCCUGAACUCGUUGUGUUUCCACCCACAUCCUCUCUCUCACUUCCUCAUUGCGACCUGCGACUCAAAAGAAAGUGGACCGUCGGUAGGUUCCCGGUGUGGCUGUGUCUCCGGCUCAGCAGGGAGUAAAUGUUGAAGAAGACUCUGAGAACAUUAGACACUGUGCAAUGAAUUGAGAUCACAUCCUGAGAUCAGAAAAGCAGUUAUUACUGAGAUGUACUGGGAUGUGGGUCAUGAGGACAAUCCAGAAGACAACAUGGCACCAGGAACAGACACAGUUCCUGAGAUUAUGGGAAGCAAACAAUCUGGGUUGGGUGGCUUACCCAUCGAACAGUGUCCAACCCUCAAAAACAUUCAGGCAGCGUACAGUGCAGGGGAGGUGGAAAGAGCUCAACAGCUUGCCAGACUGCAUUUGGAGGCAAACUACCAAGUGGAGAAGUUGUUAGGUGUCAUAGCUGCACACGGAGACACAGAGAUGCUGCAGUAUCUGCUCCAGGAGACCGGAAUGGAACUGUCAAAGGAACUGAAUGAUGGAAACCCUGCUAUUAUUGCUGCACAUCAAGGUCAUGAAGAGGUGAUCAAAGUAUUGCUGAAUUCUACUUCAGAUUUGUAUGUUGACAAGGAUCUGCUGAACUGGAUGCUUGCUGUAGCCUGUGAAAAAGGACAUCUGGAUGUAGUGAGGCUUUUGGUACUUGUGUACAAGGCAGAGACCGACAGUUGUGGAGUGAAGACACAGGAUCAUCCGAUCAUCACAGGUCAGCCGUUGUAUGCAGCAAUGAAGGCAGGCAAUGAGGAGAUUGCGGGGUUUCUUCUGGAUAAUGGAGCCUGUUUCUCAUCCUAUGUUUUACUGGAUCACCCAGAACUCAGCAACCGGCUGCUGAGAAAACAGUUUACAGAACCAAGUAGCCAGUAUGAAGUUUCGGACAGACAAACAGGCCUGUCACUGAAGUGGUCGUGCCUGAAGCUGCCCUGGUUAGAGUUGGACUGGUUCAUUGAUGUUUCCAAUCGAAUAACAGAGCUUGAUUUGUGUAGGAACAGUCUCACUUUCCUUCCUUCAGUUAUUCCUUGGGGAUUAGUGCAUCUGAAAAAACUCAACUUGUCCGCAAAUCAGCUGAAGGACCUGCCCAAUGUGACCUCUUCAGAAGAAAUACUUUGCUUAGGUAUUCUGGAAAUUGAUGUGUCAAGGAACCAACUGAGCUGCCUGCCCACUGGCUUCUUACAUCUACCAAAGCUUGAGAAACUCACAGCUUACGCCAAUUUGCUGGAAAUGUUAUUUGAUGAGGAAAAAGCAACAAAUUGGAUUGGAUUGAGAAAACUCCAGGAGAUUGAUGUUUCUGACAAUAAACUUCAGCUUUUACCCUCUACGUUCCUGCACUGCUGCAAGUCCCUCAGUAGGUUGAAAGCAUCUCAAAAUACACUCAAGGAUUUUCCUGAACCUUGGGCCUGUCCUUUGAAAUUUUGUAACGUUUCUGGAAAUUUCUUGAAAUCCCUUCCAAACACUCUGAGUAUCUUCUGGAAGAAUUAUCUUAAAGAAGCAAAUUUUUCUGACAAUUUGUUGAAGGACGUGCCAGCAAACAUCUUUGAACUUAAGAACCUGAGCUCUCUGAAAUUAUCUGGAAAUCAGAUACAGUCUCUUCCUCCAGUGGAUAAAUGGCAGUGCUCUAACCUGAAAUCACUUGAUCUCUCUCGAAAUCAUCUUGGAAAGAGUGAAGAAGGAGUCAGAACUAGAAAAGCUUUUUUUACAACAUGGUUAAAGAAAACUUCGGACACAGUUUCACCAGUUGAAUUCCCACAGUUCCUUGGUGAGUGCUUAGAGGUUCUGCACCUGGACAACAACUUUCUUGAUUCAGUCCCUCAGUCAGUGUGCUGGCUGCGAUCGCUCUCUGAGCUGUACCUUUCAAACAACCCUGGAAUUCGGGAGCUCCCUGCUGAGCUAGGCCAGUUGGCUAAUCUGUGGCAGCUGGAUAUCGAUCAAUUAAAUAUCUCUAAUGUGCCCACAGAGAUCAGAAAUGAAGGCCCCAGUUCAAUACUGACCUAUCUGAGAGCACAGCUGCGGAAAGCUGAGCCCUGCAAACUAAUGAAGAUGAUCAUUGUUGGACCUCCCCGUCAAGGAAAAUCCACGCUGUUGGAGACCCUGCAGUCUGGAAAGCCCACUCAAAGCAUGUCCAAAGAAAGUAGCAUCCAAACUACGAACUGGGAACUUCUACGACCUGCCAAUGUCAAGACAAAGGUGGAUUCAGUGGUGUUUAAUGUGUGGGAUGUUGGAGGUACUGCCAUAAUGUCAACAGUCAAUCAGUGCUUCUUCACUGAUAAAGCCCUCUAUGUGGUGGUGUGGAAUCUGGCUCUUGGAGAGGAGGCAGUGGCAAACCUGCAGUCGUGGCUACUGAACAUUGAGGCAAAAGCUCCCAAUGCUACUGUGAUUGUAGUAGGAACACAUUUGGAUUUGAUUGACACAAAAUUCCGAUCAGAGAGAAUUGCUACACUUCGGGCUUAUGUCCUAGCUCUGUGUCGCUCUCCAUCUGGGCCUCGAGCAACUGGGUAUCCUGACAUCAGCUGCCGAAAUUUACAUGAGAUAUCCUGCAAAACACUUGAUGGACUGGAAGGGCUUCGCAAAUUGAUCUUUCAAGUUGCUUGUAGCAUGAAGAACACAGGGAAUCUAACUGCAUCACAGAGGUUGGUUGGGAGAUUGAUACCAAAGAGUUACUUUAAUCUGUUGAAUGCUGUCCUAAAAGAACAACAAAGAAGAAGCAGUAGUAACGAGGUCCAAUACUUAACUGACCAGCAACUGGAGGAGAUUGUGCAGCAGACUCCUGACAAUGACAUCAAGGACUUUGAAGAUUUGCAGACCGCUUUCUCCUUCCUUAUUGAGACAGGAGCAUUGCUGCAUUUUCCAGACACCAGCCAUGGUCUACGAAACCUCUACUUCCUAGAUCCAGUGUGGUUAUCUGAAUGCUUGGCAAGAAUUAUCAAUGUCAAAGCUUCACGUGUGCUUGCCAAAAAUGGAAUAAUACAAGUUACGGAGCUGAGAACAUUGUUGGUUGGAACUGGCUUCACAGAACAGACUGAGGAGCAAUACUUACAAUUUCUUGCCAAGUUUGAGAUUGCUCUUCCAAUUACCAACAACAGUUAUCUGCUUCCGCAUCUGUUGCCAUCAAAGCCAGGAUUCGAAUUCAGUAAUUUGCGGAGCAAGAGCACCAACACCAUCCAGAGACUUUUCAAAAUGAACUUUGUGCCCGUUGGCUUUUGGCAACGAUUUAUUACCCGCAUCUUGAUUAGCUUGGCCGAGAUGGAUGCCCAGCUCUUUGAGAAUGAAAAGAAUCCAAGACGAGGCAGAGCAAAUCGGGCAUCAGUUUACAGCUUCACAAGGUCACAGCGUCGCAAUCGUUGUAGUACUUUCCGAGUAAGAAGAAACCAAACUAUUUAUUGGCAAGAAGGUUUACAGGUGAACUACGACGGUGGGUUUCUGAGUGUGGAAUCCUCUGAGGUGAACUGGAAGAGGAAAAAGAGUGCGGGAAUAAAAAUCUAUUGCCAAUCUGAAACACGAGAUUUCUCAGCAGUCGCAUUCAUCACUGAUCAUGUCAAUUCCCUGAUUGAUCAGUGGUUUCCAGCUCUUACAGCCACAGAUGCGGAUGGAACUCCCUUGGUCGAGCAAUAUGUUCCAUGUCCUCACUGCACCCCCACAGUAACGGGGCAAGCUGAAAUCCACAUCCAGGUUCAUGGCCAGCAUUACUUCAGUAUGGAGGACUGCUUGCUCACUGCCAUCAAACACACACACAUCGAGUGCCCAAACCACCCAACGGACCCUGUCUCACUGGAGGAGCUAGUUCCAGAGCUUUUUAUGACUGAUUUCCCAGCCCGGUUAUUUCUAGAAAUGAAUUGUCUAGAACAGAGUGAAACAACAGACAACAUCCUCGGACAAGGAGGAAGUGGGACAACAGUGUACAAAGCAACAUAUAACGCCAUACCCAUAGCAGUCAAGAAAUUCCACUUCAAAAAAUGUGGACUGCAAUCUGAUGGCAUCAAUGAGGAUUCAAUGUUCAGACAUCUGGAAGCCAUGGAAGCAUUACGGAAUUUCUCUGAAUUCCGUCAGGAGGCCAGCAUGCUGCACUCCAUGCAACACCCAUGCAUUGUGUCACUAGUUGGCAUUAGUAUUCACCCACUUUGUUUCGCCUUGGAACUGGCUCCGUUGGGCAGUCUGAAUACAGUUCUGACUGAUUAUGCCAAAGGCGCUUCGUUUAUUCCCCUGGGACAUAUGUUAACUCACAGAAUAGCCUAUCAAAUUGCAGUCGGCUUGGCAUAUCUGCACAGAAAAAACAUCAUCUUCUGUGACCUGAAGUCCGAUAAUGUUUUAGUUUGGACUCUGGAUCUGACAGAAACAGUAAAUGUGAAGCUAUCUGAUUAUGGAAUAUCUCGUCAGUCAUUCCAUGAAGGAGCCCUUGGUGUUGAAGGUACUCCUGGAUAUCAGGCACCAGAAGUCAUGCCUGGAAUUGUUUAUGAUGAAAAGGUUGACAUGUUUUCAUACGGAAUGGUUUUGUACGAAUUGCUGUCUGGGCGACGACCAGUCCUUGGACAACACCAGCUGCAGAUUGCUAAAAAACUGUCAAAAGGAGUUCGGCCUUCCCUGGGAGCUCUGGAACAAGUGCAGUUCCAUAGAAUGCACAAUCUGAUGGUUGAGUGCUGGGAUACAAAGCCUGAAAAGAGACCAGGAGCAGGCACUGCCCUCAGACUGAUGCAGGAUCCCAGUUUUCCAGCCUUCAUGUACAUGCUGCGGUGUGGUGAGCAAAGCUCAUUCUGUCCUUCUCAAGAACUCGAGCGAACUGUCAUUUUCUGGGAUGAAGAAGGAAAUGACAGGAAUUACAGUGUGGUAAAUAUAGACAAAGGACUGAUUGAAGUGGAUCACAUCAGCUGCCCUGGAAUUCGGCUGAGCUGUCAGCUAAAGCUACAGAGUGCAUUAUGGACAGCAACCGUGGAUCAGAAAAUUCAGGUUUACAGCCUUAAAGGAAUGUGUCCCUUAAAUGUGCCUCUCCGAGUACUGGAUGUUCCUGCCGUUGUGACAUGUUUCGUACCAGUAUCACGUGGAAACCAGAAAUCUCCGGUAAUGCUUGCAGGCAUGGCUGAUGGAAUGGUCGCAGUUUACUCUCUGGCCAAUGAAAUUCCUGAGGGUUGGUGUUCCUAUCUGUGCUCACGCUCAGCAAAUAAGUUUCAGUUUAAAAUCUCCGACAACGACCUUCGACAGAAUGCGUAUCCAGUUACUGAUAUGAUAGCAGUGAACAAUGGAUCAGAAGUGUGGUACAGCAACGGUCCUGGGAUCCUGAUCAUAGACACACUUGCUACAGAAAUAACUCGGAGAUUAGAACCUUAUCAAGCUCCCUCACAAGUCAUAUCAAUGACUUGCAAUAUGGGAUGUAAUGGGGAAGAGGCCAUUUGGUGUCUGGAUGAUAAGACAAGUACUUUAAUUAUGUACCGUUCAUAUCAGGUCUGUGCCCAUUAUACGUGCAGUGACUGUAAUCCACUGAGAGACAUGUUCCCCAUCCAGCAGCCUGCUAGUUUUGCAACAACCACAGCCAUUACACCCACAGAUACGACUGAUUCCAACUCCAUGGACGUCAGCAUCAUUUUCAAUGAUGAGGUUGGAACCCAAGUUAUAAGACAUUCUGACUCCAUGACUGAUUACUGUUCUCUGUCAUCCGAAUCUCACUCCUGUACCAACAGGAACACCAGGACAUCAUUCAGUGCCCUGAGUUCCCCAGCCAGUCCCACAAGUAUUCCUCAUUCUACUGACUGUGAGUCAAGUUUAUCACAUGACAGGCAUGGAAGCAUCUCCCCAUCAGUGCAUGAUAUUGAACAGCUACAAGCUGUAAAAAUCCUAACCGUUAAGGACACCCUGUGGAUACCAAGACGAGGUGGUGAUAUCAUUGUUAUUGAGCUGGAAAACCAGUCCAUCUGCCAGCAAGGCAGGGUCAUGGCAGUACUAAAGCCAGAAUCUGCACCUGAAGACAGAAAACUCGUGGACGCUGCUGUUGUGGCGAAGGACACAGUGGUCUGCUGCUUUCAGAAUGACACCAGAGAUUGGAACCUGCAUGUGUGGAGAGCCUGGGGAUCCAGAGAAUUCAAGCUAUUCUAUCAGUCAUACGAAGAGUUGGCAAGAAUGGAAGUCAGCAUGCGCAGACGGAAGUAGCCCUGGUGAACAUAAUUCAGGAUCUCUGGACGCAUAACCCUCACUGAAGAGGCAAGUUGCAGAACAGAUCAUAGUUCUGGUAACAGGAAAAUGAUUGAGCCUGCAAAACCGACUGUUUUCCUCGUGAACUUAACCAAUGCAAACUUGAUGCACAGUACAGAAAAAAAAGAGGGAAAAUGUUCAUAUGAGAUUAUAGAAAAGGAUGGACGUCACUUCACGUUCUGUCCCACAGAUUGGGAUUUGAUCCAAGUGUCACAUUUGGAUUCCAAACUCAGUACCCUGCUGAUUACUCUCAUUGACAAUCAAAUAUUGCUGUCUCCUUGGAACUGUAAAUCUAGAUGUCUAUAAAGAGUUUAAAUGGGAAGAAUAUAUUUAUUGUGCAUUAAAUGCAAAAGUUACAUUGUGCAUAAUGGAAGUUCUGGACCUUUGAGAGAAUCAACUGGAGCUUUCGGAAACCUUGUGGGGUACUGAUACAACAUAGGAUUUAUUCGUAUAUUUAUAAGAACAUAAGAACUAGGAGCAGGAGUAGGCCACCUAGCCCCUCGAGCCUGCCCCGCCAUUUAAUAAGAACA